AUGGUCGUGUUCUUUGCCGUUUGUGGGGAGUGCGCUGAUUCGAUAGCUUUUAUGUUCUCGCGGGAGGUAUCUCUUCGCGGUGUGGGAAACGUUACCAUGGGAUCUUCCUUUAAUGAUAAGGCUGCAACCUAUUUUGACGAUGCUAUUAAAAGGAAGGAUGUCAAAGUCGAUUCUUUCACGGUCCCUCCCGAUGUCGUUAUUGUUGUCCGAGCCUGGUUGCAGGGAAGCCAGGAGGAGGUCGAAAAGUCUACGCAAGCGUUGAACGCCACCUUUAACGGUUGGUCAACCGCGCCUGACGGCACUCUUGUUUCCAACUUGAACAAGUUGUCUUUGGAGAAUCUGGAAACACAGCCAUCUGACAUUAGCUUUAAGGACAGCUGCGGUUAUGCUGAGGAGAAGAUGGACGUGGGAGCCGCGGGCUUCGGCUUUGACAACCUCACACUUGUGCUUACUAUGCGUACAGACCCUGGGGAGAGCUUGACCCAGCACCUCUGCCUAAUUUUUUCAAUGCCCGAUUGUGCUCUUAUAGCAUUGGACGCUGUUAGGAAUUCUGUUGACGGGUAUGUUGCGCACGUGACGGUGAUAUCGUCGAACAGAAACCUGCUUUUUAUAGAACUUAUGAAUCACGUUCGUCACGCUUCGUUGCUUUUCCCGGAGUACAUUACCACUAUGACGGUGGGGGGAGUGCAAGUGUAUGUCCAAGAAAAGCCCCCGACUCUCACUUACAAGGGAAAUACGUCUAGUUGUUCUUCACGGUAUUGGUAUUUGAUCUUUGGUGUUUUAUUGAUGCCUUUGGCUCUUAUUGCUGGACAACGCUUUAAAGACCUGGGGGCGGAGUCUGGUGUGAAGUCUGUUCGUGCCAUGGAGUGGGACAUUCGUAGUGGCGUUCGCUAUCAGGGCAGAAUUCAUGCAGAUAUGGAUAGUAGAGGUCUGGCUUCUCGGGCUGCCAUUUCCGGAAGUUCGUCUCCAGGGGCGUAUUAUGGCGUUUAUGACCCGCAGGAAGCAAUGUGGCAGCAUACCCAAGGGCGAAGACGGAUGCCACAACCUGGAUUAAAUGUACAUUACGACCCCAAUGCGCACUGA